AUGCAGAACCACAGCUUCCGAACGCCUUUCCAGCUGCUUCAUCAGUGGCUGCGAGACAACAACAGAGACAUAGGCUACCAGCAAGACCAGCCUGACAUCACGUUUCUCAAGGCAUACGGCUGCAGAGCCUAUCCCUUGACACCCCAGGCCCUUCAGAACAGACAGAAGAAGGACCUAAAGACCGACCCUCACACAGAAAUCGGUUAUCUCGUUGGAUAUGAUUCCACGAACAUUUUCAGGAUCUGGAUUCCGUCCACAUCAGAAGUCCGAAGGGUCCGAGAUGUGACCUUCAAUGAAAGCAUCUUCUAUGACGGAAAUGAUCAGCCACCAGAACCUAUCCCACAGCGCGUGGAAGUACAGCUUCCAGCCCACAUCGAGGACGAGUCGGAUUACGAGGAAAUCCCCACUCAAAUCGAUGAACCUGAACCUGACCCCGUUGAGCAAUCUCCUCAACCUCAGACCAAGGAGACGCCACCACGAUUGUGGUACAACCCGAACCAUCUGAUCAUGAGGACUCGGAUGAUCAGGAUGAGUUUCAUGACAUUCAGCACCCAUAUCCGACACCGGACCCCGGUCCGAGUGACUCAGCCACGGCGCUCAGCCCGCUCACCAAAGCUCUGCCAGGCCAGAAAUUUGCUACUUUCGUCAAACAACUCGGUCUCGUCGAUAUCUCUACGUUGCUAG